AUGCCCACAGAAAACGUGAUUCGACCCUCGAUAUCGAGAAAAAACAGUCGGCUAUCGCUGUUAUCGUCGUUAUCGUCGCUGCAUACAAACAUCACAUGGCAUCAUGAUGUUGUGGUAGAGCAACAACCACCUUCAGGAAAGGCAGUGGCACAACGGAUAAGUCCAGGUGAUAAUCCCACAACAUCAAUUCACAACGACCUCUUUAUGACACCUCCAUCUACCGAAUCGCCCAGAUCAAUUUCAAGCUCGAGCUUAAACUCCAGUCCCAGUUCAUCGUUAGCAAUGCCCAUCGAACACAGGAGUCUAUCUGCAAAGUCACCUUGCUUCGUACAUUCGCACCUAGAUAAAGGAGCAUCGCUACAGGACUGGCUUGAUGUCCAUACUAAGGAUAACGAGGUACCUGGAUCAGACGUUGGGGUCGCCAAGGCUCUUCAGCAACGCCAUCAGCCUCAACACCACCUUGAAUUCUCUUAUCCCGAUGAAGUCUCGGAAGAUGAUGAUAGUGAUACAUAUGGCGGCAACCUUACGAAACAGCUGGCAGAGACAGCGGUCGGGGUUCGUGAAAUGAGCAAGCAACUCGGACGUGCUCGAAUAAAAUCCAAUAUCCAGAGCGUCCUCAUUGUAACCAAGGCCAGGGAUAACCGCCUUAUCAACCUGACGCGUGAACUUGCAUUGUAUCUGAUGCUUAAACAUCGUCAAGGGGGUCGAGGCCUCAUUGUCUAUGUAGACCAUCAACUGCGCAAUUCGAGGAGGUUUGACGCCGAAGGUUUACAAAGAGAUCAUCCAGAAUUGUUCGAGCCUCUCCCACGAAGACGGUCGUCCAGCAGCAACUCUCUCUCUUCCUUGUCAUCGUCAUCCACUCCUCAAGAUGAUUUCAACACGCCCCAGGAGGGUCAGCUACGAUACUGGACUAGUGACAUGUGCCGAGAUAGUCCACAUCUGUUCGAUUUUGUUAUCACGCUUGGAGGAGAUGGCACUGUUCUUUUCACAUCAUGGCUCUUUCAGCGAAUUGUUCCUCCCGUUCUCUCUUUCGCACUCGGCUCCCUCGGCUUUCUCACUAAUUUCGACUUCGCUGACUAUCAAGCGGUUGUAGACUCAGCCAUUGACACAGGUAUUCGUGUCAACCUACGCAUGCGAUUUACUUGUACAGUCUACCGUGCUGUAUACGACAAAGGGAAGUGCCGCAAGGCCGUGAAAAAGGGUGAAACAGGUGAAAUCAUGAUGAAGGAUGUAAACAAAGGAGGGUGGGAGGCACUCGAAGGAGGUUGGUCUGGCGGAUUUACCACUUCGGAGGGCGGCAAGUGUUCAAAGGAUAAGGAGAUCAUGUGCUUCACGACAAGACCAGUUGAGACGUUUGAGGUUAUCAAUGAUCUUGUGGUGGACCGGGGACCCAGUCCCUAUGUCAGUUUGCUUGAAUUAUUUGGCGACGAACACCAUAUGACAACUGUGCAAGCUGAUGGGCUUUGUGUAGCCACGCCCACCGGUUCCACCGCUUAUUCGGAUCCUUGGUUCACCCUGAGAUUACCUGCAAUCCUUAUCAGUCCCAUCUGCCCUCACACGCUAUCGUUCCGUCCCAUGCUUCUUCCCGACAGUAUGGAGCUUCGCAUAUGUGUCCCAUAUAAUUCUCGUAGUACCGCUUGGGUGUCUUUCGACGGCCGAGGCCGUGUGGAACUGCAACAGGGUGAUCAUAUCAAAAUAACUGCUUCCAAAUACCCUUUCCCAACUGUUUGCGCGGAUAAACAGUCAACUGACUGGUUCCACGCCAUCUCACGAACCCUAAAAUGGAAUGAACGCGAGCGUCAAAAAUCGUUUGUUGUAGUCGAAGAGGGUCCGUCACGGAAAUCCAGCCUGGGGAAAACGAGGAGGCCUGAAAAAAUGAAGCUUGAUGAUAUAUUCGAUGAAACUUUGGAGGAUGAAGAGGAGGAUGAAACGUCUGACGAUGAAGAUAACAAAUUCGACAUUGAUGAUUCGUCCCCUGAGGCUUCGACCAUCGGACGUGCUGGUAUCCAAAUUCCGAACGAGUUAAAUGCUACAGAUGCUGCAGUUGGUCUUGCAAAAGCUCGUGAGGAAAUGGGCUCCCAGACAGAUGAGGAUUUACUCUCGACACCGCAGUUGGCUGCGCUUGCACUCACUCAAGGACGUCAUCUCAAAUCAUCUCGCUCGGCCAAAUCACGACGGUUCGCUGGACCCGCACAUCGUCCGCCUCAUAUCAAUCCCUUCCACAUUGACCAUCAAUUAAGGACGCCCUCCCCUGCACUUUCAAACUCUUCGGAUGAUUCAUUGUCGACCAUGCACGUGGCGCAACGUGGUACUCGGGACGAUAUACAUUCUCGGGAACAAUAUUCAAGUGGCCGUAGUCGUAUUCCCAAGGACAGGGAAUUUGAUGACAAUCUUCAGACUCCCACCAUUGCAGAUACACUCUCGGGUCGCAGAAACCAUCACCGAGUAGAUUCGAGGGAUUAUGACCAACAUCAACCUCGCGCAUUUGCUGUCUGGGGCAACGAUGAGACCGACAGUAAUGCGAGUGACAGUGAUGCUUAAUCAUCUGGAAUAUGUUAGGACUUCCUCACCGUUCUUCCGUUGCCUUCUUUCCUCCUCCCCCUUUUUUAAAUUAAUCAUCUUACCAUACCCAGACACCUUAACUAUGUGUUACUAGCAUCAUUACUUGUACUUGACUUGUACUAUGAUUUUUAUAGGGAUUUUCGGUCACAUGCAUAUAGGGUCUGCUUGUGCAUACUACGUCGUUCGGCCAAUGUUGUUUCAUUAGUAGAUGGACAUCGAAUAUUGUAUCCUGACAUGAUGGAUACAUCGGAUAUGUCCGAAGGCAUUCCAAAGAGCAAUGCAUAUAUAUAACGAUCGUUCUGUUGAGUGUACCUGCAU